GUCACGGCGUCGGGGCGGAAGAUGGUGCGGCUCGGGGCUGGCGGUUGCUGAGCGGACCCGGACGCAGCUGGACCCGAGCUCCCCGCUCCGGCGCCCGCUGCGGGGUCGCAGCCAUGUCGCUGCUGCAGUCUGCGUUGGACUUCCUGGCAGGCCCGGGCUCUUUGGGCGGCGCUGCCGGCCGCGACCAGACGGACUUCGUGGGGCAGACGGUGGAGCUGGGCGAGCUGCGGCUGCGGGUGCGGCGAGUCCUGGCCGAGGGAGGGUUUGCAUUUGUAUAUGAAGCUCAAGAUCUGGGAAGUGGCAGAGAGUAUGCCUUAAAGAGAUUAUUGUCUAACGAAGAGGAAAAGAACAGAGCCAUCAUUCAGGAAGUUUGUUUCAUGAAAAAACUUUCUGGCCACCCCAAUAUUGUCCAGUUUUGUUCUGCAGCGUCCAUAGGGAAAGAGGAGUCAGACACUGGGCAGGCUGAGUUCCUGCUGCUCACCGAGCUCUGCAAAGGGCAGCUGGUGGAAUUUUUAAAGCGAAUGGAACCUAGAGGCCCGCUCUCGUGCGACACCGUCCUGAAGAUAUUCUAUCAGACGUGCAGGGCAGUGCAGCACAUGCACAGACAGAAGCCGCCCAUCAUCCACCGAGACCUCAAGGUACCGCCUCCUGCCCGUCCUCGGGCUGCACCCGCCCCCAGCCAGGGUGUCCAGCUGGCCGGCACUGAAGUCUGCGAUGGCUUUCCCAAAAGAGGGAUGCAGUUGCUUCUCAACGUUGACUGUUUGCGUUUUGAAUCAAUGCAGCUCCUAGAGCAGAAUGGAGGCUAUGGGAACCCUGUCCCGUCCCGAGGGCCACCCCCUCCUGGGGGCUCCAGCAGUGGUGGCUACAGCGGAGGCCUGGCACUUGCCGAGUACGACCAGCCCUACGGCGGGCUCCUGGACAUCCUGCGGGGGGGCACCGAGCGCCUCUUCACAAACAUCAAGGAUACCUCCUCCAAGGUCAUCCAGUCCGUUGCCAAUUAUGCAAAGGGAGAUUUGGACAUAUCUUACAUCACAUCCAGAAUUGCUGUGAUGUCAUUCCCAGCGGAAGGCGUGGAGUCGGCUAUCAAGAAUAACAUAGAAGACGUACGGUUGUUUCUGGACUCCAAGCACCCGGGACACUAUGCGGUCUACAACCUGUCCCCGAGAACGUAUCGGUCCUCCAAGUUUCAUAACCGGGUCUCCGAGUGUGGCUGGGCGGCCAGGCGGGCCCCAAACCUUCACAGCCUGUACGGCGUUUGCAGGAACAUGCAUUCAUGGCUACGGCAAGACCACAAGAACGUCUGUGUUGUGCACUGCGUGGACGGGAGAGCCGCGUCUGCGGUGGCCGUCUGCUCCUUCCUGUGCUUCUGCCGGCUCUUCAGCACCGCGGAGGCUGCCGUGUACAUGUUCAGUAUGAAGCGCUGCCCGCCGGGCAUCUGGCCGUCCCACAAAAGGUACAUCGAGUACGUGUGUGACAUGGUGGCAGAGGAGCCUGUCACGCCCCACAGCAAGCCGAUCCUGGUGAAAGCCGUGGUCAUGACGCCAGUGCCGCUGUUCAGCAAGCAGAGGAACGGCUGCAGGCCCUUCUGCGAGGUCUACGUGGGGGACGAGCGCGUGGCCACCACAUCUCAGGAGUAUGACAAGAUGAGGGAUUUCAAAAUCGAGGAUGGCAAAGCAGUCAUUCCCCUGGGCAUAACCGUGCAAGGGGACGUGCUUAUUAUCAUUUACCAUGCCAGGUCCACCCUGGGAGGAAGACUGCAGGCCAAGGUGGCAUCCAUGAAGAUGUUCCAGGUCCAGUUCCACACGGGCUUCGUGCCUCGGAAUGCAACUACUGUGAAAUUUGCAAAGUAUGACCUGGAUGCGUGUGACAUUCAGGAGAAAUACCCGGAUUUAUUCCAAGUGAACCUGGAGGUGGAGGUGGAGCCCAGAGACAGGCCCAGCCGGGAGGCCCCACCCUGGGAGAGCACCAGCAUGAGGGGGCUGAACCCCAAAAUCCUGUUUUCCAGCCGGGAGGAGCAGCAAGACAUUCUGUCUAAAUUUGGGAAGCCAGAGCUCCCCAGGCAGCCCGGCUCCACCACUCAGUACGACGCUGAGGCGGGGUCUCUGGAAGCCGCGCCCGCGGAGUCUGAGUCCCCGCAGAGCAGCUGCACGGACUCCAGCCGCUUCCUCCACACGCUGCAUUGGCACGAGGAGAGAGACACAGAGACGGGCCCCGAAGCUCACUUUGCCAAGGAGAGCACGUCAGCCCCAACCGAGGACGCAGGUGGGAGUGAGCCUUCCGACGAGGACGCGGCGACACUCUCAGCCGAGAGCAGGGACACGGCUGACGAGGACACGCCAGGCCCAGCAGCGAGGGCGCAAGAGCGAGAGUUGAUUUUUGACGCGGCCACGCCGGCCACGCCGCAGGAGCCCACGCUGCAGGACAGUGUCGACCUCCUGGGGCUGAACUCCGAGGCAGGGCUGGCACCCCCCAUGCAGGCCUGCGGGGCAGCCCCCAGUACCGCCGACCUGCUCAGCCGCCUCCUGGGAGCCCCUGACACGGCUCCAGAGGUCCCCCGCGGAGAUCUGCUGGGUGGCGAGGCCCCCCUGCUCUUCGCAAGCCCGGCCCCUUCCUUGAGCUCACAGAGCCCGCCCCGUGAAGGGCCAGCUGCAGCUGCCGACCCGUUUGACCCUCUCCUGCUGCCGUCUGGUCCAGACACCCAGCCCUGCUCCAAGCCUGACCUCUUCGGUGAAUUUCUUAAUUCAGAAUCUACUGCCGCCGCCCCCGCACCCUUCCCCUCCACCCACAGCGCCCCACCCCCAGCCUGCAGCACCGACUUCCUGCACUUGGGGGAUCUACCGGCAGAGCCCGGCAAGAUGACGGCCUCCACCAGCCACCCAGAUCUGCUAGGAGCGUGGGAGGCCUGGGCCGAGGUGCCGGCCCCCGCGCCCGCUGCGGAAGGUCCCUUCUUCUCUCCAGGAGGCCAGCCUGCCGCCCCCGGCCCCCCAGCCAGCUGGACCAAGUCUCAGAGCCUGGACCCGUUUGCAGACCUCGGUGACCUCAGUUCUGGCCUCCAAGGCUCACCUGCUGGAUUUGCUCCUGGGGGUUUCGGCCCCAAAACAGCCCCUCCUCCCACGGGUGGCAGCUCCUGGCAGCAGACAAAUCGGCCCCCGGCCCAGGGCACCCCGCGGCCCCCCCAGUCCAAGCCACCGCCCAAAGCCUGUGCACAGCCAAGGCCUAACUAUGCCGCCAACCUGAGUGUGAUCGGCAGCCGAGAGGAGAGGGGGGUCCGCGCCCCCGGCUUCGGUCAGAAGCCGAGAGUGUCGGAGAGUGACUUUGAGGACCUGCUGUCCGACCAGGGCUUCUCCUCCAAGGCCGACAGGAAGGGGCCGAGGACCAUGGCCGAGAUGCGGAGGCAGGAGCAGGCGAGGGAUGCGGACCCCCUCAAGCUGAAGCUCCUGGAGUGGACCGAGGGCAAGGAGAGGAACAUCCGUGCCCUGCUGUCCACCCUGCACACCGUGCUGUGGGAUGGUGAGAGCCGCUGGACACCCGUGGGCAUGGCCGACCUGGUGACCGCUGGGCAGGUGAAGAAACAUUACCGCCGCGCGGCGCUGGUGGUGCAUCCGCCCCAGGCCGCAGGGCAGCCCUAUGAGCAGUACGCCAAGAUGAUCUUCAUGGAGCUGAACGACGCGUGGGCCGAGUUCGAGAGCCAGGGCUCCCGGCCCCUCUUCUAAGCCUGUCGUGGUCGAGGCCGUGUGUGUGGCUCACGGAGCCUGAAGCUGCUGAGUCAACCCCCGGGGGCCCGUCCGUGGCCGUCACGGCAUGGGCUAGUGUGGCCACCCCGGAUCGCCGUGCCCACUGUCCUCGGUGGACUCGACAGACGCCGCUCCCCGGCAUGAGAAGAAAGAGCGUUCCAAAGCCUCUGAUUUUCCUUUUCUUUUUCUGGUCCCAAAGGAAAUGUUGAUUACGCGCCCCCCGUAACUGUCACGGUUUGUGAUUCCUUUCAUUUUGUCCAGUGGCCAAGGCCUCUGCCCGCGGUAGAGUGCGCUGCUCAGCUGUCCUGCCCUGAACCCCGUGCGCGAACACUCCUUCUGUGUGUGAUCAGCCUGGCAGCCGCCUGUACAUAAUUAAACUAUUUUCCGAUGA